AUGGUUCGUGAAUUGAUUACCAGAAUUGGAUUUGGUUGGGCCACAAGAGUAGUUGCGUUCACUAUAUUUGGACUUUCAAUAUUGCCAUGUUUGUUCCUGAAAGGCAGGUUACCUCCUAGAAAAUCUGGACCUCUGAUUGACUACGCGUCCUUCAAGGAUAUUCCAUUUAUUUUAUACUGCAUUGCUUGUUUCUUUGGUUUCAUGGGACAGUACAUUCCAAUUUUCUUUAUUCAGUCAUAUUGUUUAGAAAUUGGCAUUGAUUCCAACCUUGCCUUUUACAUGACUUCAAUUCUUAAUGCUGGCUCUGUUCUGGGCCGUAUUCUCCCCAAUUUCAUUGCAGACAAAACUGGUCCUUUGAAUAUGCUCUUGCCUUGUACUGUUGCUUGUGCCAUCCUAGCUUAUUGCUGGGAUUUUAUAAGUGUUAAAGGAGGAGUGAUUGCUUUUUCAGUGUUAUUCGGUUUCUUUUCUGGCACAUUCGUAUCUCUACCUCCUGCCUGUAUUGCAUCCAUGACUGCUGAAAUGAACAUGCUGGGUACUAGAAUGGGCAUGGCAUUCUUUCUAUGUGGUUUUGGUAUCCUUAUAGGUAGUCCCAUUGGAGGUGCUCUUGUCACUCGGGAUGACGGCGCUUUUCUAUAUGCUGCGAUGUUUUGCGCUGCCUGUAUGACGCUUUCCUCUGUUUUCAUGUUUAUGACUCGUGUGGCAUUGUCAGGACCAAAAGUCAUGGUUAAAUGUUAA